AGAUUAUUGUUAAUCGAAUAGUCAAAGAGUCGGGCAAAUAUUUGAAAACAUGAUGAGAAGCACCGACAAUGUGCCAUUAGUCGAGGAGGGAGGACAGCCCCCUAAUCAUAUUCACCUAAGCAUUUGGCACAAGAUACUGUUCUAUAUGCUGGGUCUGACAUCUGCCUUGACCAUCUGUGUCCUCAUCCGAUUGUCCAAUAAACUGGCAGCCGAUGCCGAGCGCAAGGCAAUGAUGCAUUUCAAGGAGAUAUCGAACCGCAUAGGUCAUAAAUUUGAUAACUGAACCUGACUCCGAUAACUAAUGCUCCACUGUAACUAAUGUUUUUAUUUUCUAACCAUUUGUAUGAAUAAAGUGCUAACUAAAAA